GACAGGCUAAGCCAAACAUCCCCACUUCAGUCGCCGUCAAGGUCGCUACGAACAUCUCCGCUGCCACCGCCACCUCUCGCUCUGCCGCCUACCCAUUUCACCGCCAAAGAUGGAAACACCAAUCAACCCAGAAUUCAGACUGAGGUAGAGAAGAAAAGCAUUGUGUACAACAAGACGGUCGAGAAGCCGGUGAAGUCUGAUCGGCCGUUGGAGUAUGGCUCGGGAAAGUCACACGAAAAACAGAAGACAGCGGAGUCUAUAAACCUCGCCGGACAUAACGUCGGCGCAGUCAUGGAAAUAGAUAAGUUAUCGGCCAGCCACCGUUUGGGCGGAGAAACAGUAAGAAAGAACAAAACAGAAGGCGGCGACGGCGGCCGGGAUGGAAAUGAGGAGAAGAAAAAGAAGGAAAAGAAGGACAAGAAAAAGAAGAAAGUGCCGAUGACCGCAUUUAUGAACAGCAAUUUUCAGAGUGUAAACAAUUCGGUUCUGUACGACUCGUCGUGUAACCACCGCGAUCCCGGCCUGCAUCUUAAGUUUGCCGAUGCGGCGGACGGCGACGGAGCCGCUGUUGAUGGCCGUAAGAACUACAAGGCGUAGAGAUGAUGGCUUGUGAAGUAUUUAAUUAUAAGAAAUAAGCCAUUUUCUUGGCGUUUAAAAAAAAAAAAGAAAGAAGAAAAGCCAUUUACUUGGACUCUUACUUAAGAUUAUAAUCGAUAUCAAUAAAAAUAUAAAUUCAAUAUUUAUUU